AACCUUACAUAAACCUCUGUCCUCACCAGGCCCAUCACUUCCAACCUCUUGAAACGUCUGAUCAUUUUAGAGAGAAGAAACACCGGCUUAGAGCUGAUACCAAGAGCCAAAUCUACAAAGAUGGGAAAGGUUCUCUUUGCUGUUGUUGCAGCUUUUGCAUCUCUGAGCUUUGUUGAGUCCCUGAUCUGCAACAAGUGCUCCUUCGGUAUGAUGGGAAAAUGCAUGAAUCUGGUUAACGAAACCUGCAGUACCAACUCUAGUGUCUGUUACUCUGGGAAAUCAGCUUUCCCAAUGUUGCCAGAUUCGAUGGGCCUCAGAAGUCUGGGCUGCAAGGAAAACAGCACAGGCUGUGACGUAACCACUAAUGGCACUCUGAUGGGUUUUACUUACGAAAGCCACAUCACUUGCUGCUCUACGGACAACUGCAACCCAAUCACUGUCAGCGGUGCCCCAACAACCAAGAUUACCCUCACUGCUGCCGUCGGAGGAGCCAUCCUGGCCUUAGUACGGGGAAACAUUUUCUGAUUAAUUUCUAGAAGAACUAUUAGCUUCUUUUAGCUUGUUCUGAAAUAAAUUUUACGUUGAACAGUUUAAGGGGUAAAACCCAUCAUCAUAAUAUCAACCCAAAAGAAAUAUAUGUAAAAAAAUAAAAUAAAAUACUGUAUUUAUUUAAAUACUCUUUCUAAAGUUAAACUGAUUUACAUCAGAGAGAAAGUAUGGCAAAUCCAUAGAUGUUUCAGUUAAACAUAUGGUUCUUUCUGCAUUAUUUGUUUAUUCAAACUGUAUCCAUCCUUGUUACUCUGUUUUGCCUUAUUUGUCAAAACUUGCAAUUACCAAAU